GGGUGAUCUAACCAACAGAUGUUGCAGCUGUAGAGAGAGAAAAGAAGGUUAGGAGCGGGAGCUGCCACCCGACCCCUGCAACAGCUUCACCAUGAACACCUACCUCUUUGUGUAUGACUUAAUGCAAUUCUGUGGACAUUCCUGGAUAUUUACAAAUAUGAUCAUCCGGUUCAUGUCAUUUGGAAAAGAUUCCAUGGUCGACACAUUUUACUCCAUAGGACUUGUAAUGCGCCUUUGCCAGUUGUUAUCUAUACUGGAGAUCCUACACAUCAUUAUUGGCAUUGAUAAAAGCCGUCUCUUCCCCAGAUUUUUGCAGAUCACUGAGAGAUUAAUUGUUUUAUUUGUCGUGAUCAACAGUCAGGAAGAGGUUCAAGGGAAAUACAUCGUGUGUGUUUUAUUUUUCCUUUGGAAUUUACUCGAUGUGGUCAGGUACACUUACAACAUGUUAGCAAGAACAGGAAUAUACUACCUACCACUGACAUGGCUCAACUUCUCGCUGUGCAUCCCGCUCUAUCCCCUUUCAGUUCUGGCUAAAGCAUUUGCAAUUUGUGUAUCACUGCCUUAUUUUGAAACCUUUGGCACAUACUCCAUCAAGCUACCAUUUCCAUUUGCCUUCUCAAUCUACUUCCCUUAUGUUCUGAAGAUGUACCUGCUAGUGCUCUUUAUAGGUAUGUGCUUUAUCAUCCAGAACCUCUUCUUAGAAAGGAAGGCACACCUAGGGACAGGCAACAUCAAAAAGAAAAGAAGCUAAGGUGAUUUUUUUUUUUUAAAAUAGAAAUAUAUUCCCAAUGGGCUGCUGUAUAUCACAGGUUAAAAAGAAAUUAGACAAAGAUUUUCAAUGCAAAACUGUUUGCAUGUCCAUUAUCUGGCUGUGUACAAUUUUCAGAAAGGCAAGUCUCUUUCAUGCACCUCAAAAAUGGAGUAGCUCAAAAUGACUUACUUUUGAAAGUUUUGACUUCCAGUGAUAAUGAAGAGUGUGUUCACUCACAAUCACACUAACAACCCUUAUUUUGGUAGCAAUUUUUGCCUUAUUAGCAACAUAUAUUCUGUAAUGAAAAUACCAUUUAAUCUGUAAGAUUAUCUUAGGCCAACAUGUAUGUGCCUUGUAUAUAUAUAUAUAUAUGUAUAUGUGUGUAUAUAUGUAUAUGCUAAAUUGGCUAGAACUGAAAUCUCUCAAGAAGCCGAAGUUGGAAACUUUGCAACGUGAUUCACAUGCUCAUGAGCCCCAGGCAUUGUCAAAGGAUCCCUCAUGUUCUAUCUCAGCCUUCACUUUUCCAAACAAGAUUCCAUAAAACGUACCUAAACCACACAGUCACGUGAUCAGAUACUCAUCUACUGUAUAUUCAAGGGGAUAUUUAAGGGUCAGAAAGGCCACCUUCUGUAAUUUUUAUUUAUUUAAUAUAUGUGGCAGACAAUGCCUGCAGACUGUUGUGACCCCUGGAGUAUUUGCAAAUCCUAAGAAACUAGGUCAUGCAUGCAAUAAUAUAGGGUCAA